AUGUUUUCCAAGGUUUUAAAAACAGGAAAGAACAUCAGGCGAAGACGGUCUAACACAGAAAAGAACGUUGUUGGAAAAUGGUCAGAGGAUGAAAUAUCAAUAGCUGAGUUUCUAAUUCAGAAAAGUGGAAAAUAUCCAAAAAUAUGGCAUGAAAAUACUUUUGGCAAUGAAAAACCACCAUCAACAUUUGAAGGUGACAGUGGCAGAACUCCUGAAGAACAUGUUUCUUUGGAAACUCAACAUGAAGAAGAUCAAAACACAGAAGAUUCACCGUCGAAGGAAAGUUUUUCCUCACAAGAAACUCUCACCCAUGACAAUGGUUUUGAUAAUGCUUCUUUUUCACCACCACCUCUGGGGAGCUUUAGAGACUAUAUCUUAGAGCGUGGUGAGGCUCUUGAGAAACAAUUGACAACCAGUGAUGUCAAUGUUAAUCAAAAUAGACUUUUUCUCUGCAAAAAUCAUGUGGAAAAAUCGUUUCUACCAUUGCUGAAAGAUGGUGAAAAUAUUGAGAAUGGAAUAAAAGUUUGCGCUUAUGAUAUUCAUAACAAUCGUUACAAUCUCACAUUCAAGAAGUGGACAAACAAAUACUACGUGUUGAAUGGUGGAUGGAAAGAUUUCUUCCAAGCUCAUAACCUGCAGAAAGAUGAUAUCGUCACAGUGUGGAUAUUUCGUCAUUCAAAGAAUAACAAGUUAUGUUUUGCUCUUGAAUAUCAAAAGAUUGAAAGGUGA